UUUAAAGAUGACAGAUUUAUCUUAGCUGGUGUAUUCAAUUUUUAGCUAUAGCACUAAGAGUCUCAAACCACUGAUUCUUAACUUUAAACAGGCAACCAAUAUCUAUUUAAAUGACUCAUACUGAUGGUGAGAGACUUCAUAGACUGGUUCCACAUCUUGCUUCGGCUACCUUUAGCUUUCUGCCUCAGCUAAUGUUGUACGUUGAAGUGGACAGUAGUUCUAUGUGUGCCAUUUCCAAGCAAUUUCAACAGAUUCAUGAUCUCAUCGAUUUACUUCCUUCCCUUGCCUAUUACUCUUCGCCUAACCUAAAGAUCUCUCACAUACUUGUUUCAUCACACAUAGGGGAUGGUAUGGAGACAUCUGUGGUUAUAAACCUCUGGCUUCCGCAUUUUGAGCACAGAAAUUUGCCAUGUUUAAUAACUAGUGCAAAGUUAUCGAAGUGGAUAAUGUGACGAUGGAAAAGGAG